UGGAUGACGGAUGGGAUGGAGCGGUUUCCCGCCCACACUUCGCGCGAACAUUGGCCUAUGGAAUUUCCCGGCCCAUCUGCUGGAGUCUUCCGCGUAGAGCAGUGCACAUUUGCCUGAGCUCUGAAUGCCUUCUGCAACGCACGAGGGUCGUGCUGACGUUCUUCGAUAAUCUUCGUCUCCACCCAUUGCUCAAGGACCUGUUUUCGGUUCCGCACGUUUCCAGACGACUCCGUCGUUGACGUCGAGUCUCGUCUAUCUCCCACUCCUGGUCUUUUGACGAUCUUGGACGCCUUUCACUACCCAACAUGGCCGACGAGGAGCCAUUCAAACAGUCCCUCAGUCGAUGGAAGGACCACACCUGGUCCACGAUCUGGAAGACGGGCCUCGUUCGUUUGCCCCGCGUCGCCCCGAUUUCCUCAUUGCAUAUCACGAACCCCGGCGGGCCCUUUCCGUUUGUUUUACAGCUACCAUCUCGACAAUUAGCACGCACCAUCCCACUGUAUGUCUUUGUUCCGCACGUCACCUUUCCCCACCCCAAGGCAAAGAAUGCGGUUCCCAGUCCAAACGUCUUCCCGGUUGUGAUGGACUACCAUGGCGGCGGCUUCUACCUUGGCUCCUGUCUCGAGCAGGCCCCGUUCUGCUCCAAGCUCUGCCGCGACUUGCAAGCUAUUGUCAUCGGAGUCGACUAUCGAAUGGCUCCGCUCGACAAGUUCCCCGCCGCAAUCGAGGACGCAGAAGACGUUCUUUCAGCAGUCAUCGACCCACAAAGCGCCGCGUACUUUGCCCUACGAGAAGGGAUCGCUCAUCACCUACGCCGUCACUGGGUGGAGAAACUAUCGACGGCAAAAGAGCGCGAGGAAGGCAAAGUCUACGAAGUCCCCAUGCCCGAAAUCUACCUCGACCCCUCCCGCAUCGCCUUUAGCGGCGCGAGCAGCGGCGGCAACAUCGCACUGAACAUGGCGUUGAGCGUACCCGAGAGCCAGGGGUUUCCCGAAUGGCCCUGUCGGAUCCCAGCAGACUACAUCAAUCAAAUCCCCCUGCUGCUCCUCUACCCAAGUCUGGACCUGCGCCAGCUGCCCAGCGAGCGUUUCCGACAUCCCGGCAUGCCGCCGGUGAAAGAGCACAAGCGCCUCGAUAUCGAUGACCACCUCGCUGCCACGUACGUCAGUAGGGAACUCGCGGCGCACGGGAGAGCUUCGCCCGGCCUCAUCGAUACGUCCGUCGGGCUACAUAAACAGGCGAAGAUCCUGCUUGUUCUAUCUGGUAUCGAUACGCUAUGGGAGCAGAGCAAGAUCUGGUGCGAGAAGUUGGAACGCGAGGGGCGGGCUCCGGAUGUGAAGACGAUGCGGUAUGAGGAUAGAAAGCAUGGCUGGACUGUGAUUCCUGAAAUCGCCCUUUCGGCAGACGAGAAGCGGACGAGGCUGGAAGUGCUGGAUGAGUGCGUACACUUCACAAAAUUGGCGUGGGAUGGUGAGGACGCUGUGAGCCAGAUGAAAACCGAGGAUAAGAAAGGCAUUAUUUCCCCAACGCCCACGGAGCAAGCGCAGAAAGUUGCGGAAGGAGAUGAGGACUAUGACCAUGCGCUGGCGGAGUUGUUGGAGAUGGGAUUCCCAGCACACGCGGCGCAGACUGCGUUGGACGUGUGUGGGCGUGAUGUCGACACCGCCGCGACGUGGUUGAUGGAUCAGACGGACGAGAUGAUGCUACAGGGUAGGAAGGAAGGGGAGGCGGAUGUGACAUAGGGAGCUAGGCGUCAGGAUGUUGUAAUCUAUCGAAAUCUAAAUUCGGGUUCGCUGAUGGAGGGUGAUAUCUCAUUACAUUCAGUCGGUGGGGUGAAUACUCUGGUCCGCUCAGGGAUAGCUCUCGGUCAGCGAAGGGCGGGAGAAGUACGCAUAUGGGCAGAGGGUGGAUUAUAUCCAAAUGGCCCUUCUCAUCGCUAACUGCACAUCCCUUCGCAUACGAGCAACGCUCUGGGCCGCCUCCUUUUCUUUGAGAUUGCUAGAGAACAACCCAAUGGCUG